GAUUGCACUCUCUCUCUCAAAAAAAAAUCUGAUUACAGUUUUCUUCACAAAAUCAAGAGAGACAUGAAAACGAGUAUCAAAUAAUCUGCCGCGUGUCAGCAGAGACUCGAGACGCGAGUGUCCGUCUCCUCGGCCUCCAGGCUCCAGCAUCCCGUUCCGCCCUCUGACCGCGGCGCCAAAGCUCCUCCGCGCGCGCGCGGACGCGCGGUAUAUAUGCGCGGCGCGCCCAAAUCUGCCCGCGUUUCGCCUCACCGCGCGGGAAACGUGAAGCUAAUCCAACCCCCGUCUCCCGCUGUGCUCACUCUGACUCUCUCUGAGCUUCUUCCCCCCAUCGUUCACAAAAACCCAAACCCUAGAGUCGAUCCCCUCCUCUCCGCCUCGCCUUCUCGCUCGUUCCCAUGGGCGGAUCUGCUGAUCCCGAGGCGCCGACGCCGACGCCGUCGCCGUCCCCUUCCCCGGCGAAGGCGACUCCUUCGCCUGCUUCCGCGGACGGGAAUCGGUUGCGGCGGUGCGUUCAGUCGAAGCUCUCGUGGGGACCUCCCAAGGCGGGCGGAGGCGGAGGAGAAGCAGGAGGUGCCGGUCUCCCUCCCCUGGCCGCGGGCGAUGGGACGCCGGAGAAGGUGAAAAAGAGAGGAAGGCCGCGGAAAUCAGAGGCCGGCAAGAAGCCGUCUUCAAACAGAGAGACAACUGGUCUGGAGCAAGAUAGUAAGGAUGAAGUGAUUUUGGUUGAUGAAAGCCCUCAGAAAAAACAGAGGAAAGGCAGGGGUAAGAAUCAGGGUGCAGCACUGAAGGUUCCGAACCGAAAGCACUGCAAAGCAUUGGAAUCUACUGAUGGUCAUGAAAGUUGUCAGCAACUACGCAGCAGUCAGACUCAAGCUGUCUUGCCUCAAAAAUCACCCACAUCAGUUGAUAUUGAUUUGGUGACCGGCCCAUCUGAAGCAAGUCCGGUUAAUGAUAAUGUUGAUGCACUAGACAAUGAAGAUAAGCCACAGUUGAUAGUUGAUCUAAGGUCAGAGGCAAAUAUAGCUGCAGAGGAAAAUCGGAGGUUAUCAUCUGGAAAGAAAAUGCAUCCAUUUUUUGCUUCUCGGAAAAUACACAAAGGUGCUGGCCAAGAUAUUCUUAAUGUUGAGGAUGAGGAUAUGGAUUCACUUUGUGCUUUUGAAAGAGACCCACCUUUAUGUCCUGUUCAUGUUUUGUACGAACUGGAGGUCACUAUGCCAAUUCACUGGAGUAACAAAUGGCUAAUUGCCGACAAAUCUUUUCUUGGCACUAGUACCACUGAGCAGAAUUCUGCAGAGCAUGCAGAUCCAGGAAAACAUUUGGCUAACUUUCAUGACAAACAAAACAAAAGCAAGUUUUCUUCUCAGGAUGUGAUUGAUGUUGAUGAUGAGUGCCUGUUAGCAUCUAGUUCCUGUUUCCAUGCCUCUCUUUUUGAAAGCAAACAACACGAAAGGGUACAGCAUGAAUUGCCUGAAGUCACUCCGAAAGGCUGUCAGACAGCUAACCUAUGGACUGACAAGUACCGGCCUGAAACUGCUGCACAGGUUUGUGGUAAUUCCAAGCAUGUAAAAUUCCUCAAUGAGUGGCUUAAAGGGUGGGAUGAAAGAGGUCACAGAAAUAAACAGAAUAUAGUUACUAACGGGAGCAUGAAUGGUAGAUCCUGUCAAGAUGGUUCUGAUACAGAUUAUUCAGAAGAUGCUUCUGAUUAUGAGAAUGUGCUUCUAAUUACUGGACCAGUUGGGUGUGGAAAAUCAGCCGCAGUUUUUGCAUGUGCGAGAGAACAAGGAUUCAAUGUAAUUGAGGUAAAUACAUCCGAUAUGAGAAAUGGGGCUUAUGUAAGGCAGAAGUUCGAGGAAGCAACUAAAUCACAUGGUCUAGAAAAAUGGUCACAAGAGGAGAUCAUCGGUUUACCAAUAAGCAAUUCCUUAGAUCCAGCUUCAGGGACUCCUGGCACGGCUGAAUACAAACAAGUCAUUAACAAGACCCUCAUCCUAUUUGAAGAUGUAGAUACUGUUUUUGAUGAGGACCGUGGAUUUAUUUCAACUAUACUUAAGAUGGUGGAGACUACAAAAUGGCCAAUCAUACUGACCAGUAACAAGAAAGAUCCGCCAUUGCCUCAUCUCUUGGCUCAGCUAGUAUUGGAUUUCACAUACCCAUCAUCUGCAGAGUUACUUUCACAUGUCGACAUGAUAUGCAAGUCUGAAGGAGUAGAAAUCACUGUUCCUCAACAGAAGCAUAUAAUUGAUGCCUUUUUAGGUGAUAUUAGGAGAACAAUGAUGCUUUUACAGUUUUGGUAUCAAGGCAAGCAGCAAUACUCAGGGAGGUUGAAUAAGUGCCUGUCCUGCCCUUCUCUACUUGAUUUGGAUGCAGUACAUUCUACUGUACCAAGAAUAAUGCCUUGGGACUUCCCAUGUAAAUUAUCAGAAACAAUAUACAUGGAAAUAGACAAAACAAUCGUGACAGCUGAACAAAAGAAAAAACAGAUGGAAGUAUCAGAAUUUGAAGGCCUCGAAUUACAAAUAAUGACACCUUUGACCAAGGGAAGAAGUGCUGGUAAAACAAGAAAACCUAAGAAAUCCAAGUUAAAGCAUGGCCGCUCUGCUGAUUGUAAUGAUGCUUCACCUUGUAAGAAUGACCUUGACGAUUUCCAUGAUAGUCCAGAUAUCCCUCUUCCAUCCAAUCAUCAAAGAAUGAGAAAUAGGCGUGGAGUAGUUUUGUUUGCUGAGUCUGAUGAUGAUCUAGCUGAUGCACAUGCUGCCAAAGAUGCCACAUUUACUGUUCAAGAAGGUAGAUUGCUCCCACAAUCUUCAGAGCUGCCCUGUUUAUAUGGCCAUGGGAUUUCCAACAUUGUUCCAGAAAGUGUUUUCUUCCAACAAUCAUCUGUGCCUCAUUUACAUAGGGAAGUGAUUUCAAAUCAAUUAUGCUUUCCUAGCGAAUCAAGGGCCUUUGAACCUGCCAGUUCUUUCCAAAACCAGCUUGAAAGCAACAUGCCCGGGUCCAUUUCACAAAUAUGUGAUACCUUUAUGUCUCAGGGCAUUUCAUGUGUGCCUGAGUCAUCGUUCAUGGUUGGGGGGACAUCUGCAUCAAUCAGCAGUGAUGAUCUUUUAUCAAGUCUAGUGUCCAAUGGUUUGUCUGCCCUUCGUAAUGAGAGUACUUACACUGCAUCUGUAGUGGCACUAGAAGACACUAACAAGGUGGAGAAUCAAAUGACUGAUAAACCUCAAAAAUGCAUGGAAGAUGAAGUUGGUGAGACUUGUGAGGCUUAUGUGGAAUUGGCUGACAGGAAUGAUCAUGCAAGCUGUUCAAUUACAGGAUAUCAAUUGAUGGAUGAAUGCAGUCGUGCUGAAAGUGUUUGGUUGCUUUCAGGGAAAAAAAACAAUGACUCCUGCAAGGUCGAACAUGUACAAGAUACUUGGAACAGGCUACGGCAGUGCCAUCCUGUACUUCCAUGUGACAUGAAUCACAACAGAUCAGUUUCUGGAGCUUUGAAGCGUGUUUCAAGAGUGUCUGAUUUAAUAUCAGAAUCAGAUCUUAUGCUCAUUAGCUGCCACCCUUUUAGUAAUGAUAUUUCAGAUCCAUCUUUGACUCCUUACACUGAGUCUGAUGGCUUCUCGUACAGCAAGCAGCUUGAGAUGGGAUCUAUCUAUGCUCAGCAUGGUCUUUGCAUUUUUCUACAGGAUUCCCAAGCUACAGAUGAUGGUUUUGUUGAUUUUUUACAAGAGUUGUUAUUUAGCGGUACAACUACCACAUCUUUGGGUAAAUUUGUUAGCUCUGGAAUCAGCUGUGGUGAUGGAUCUGGGAACAUUUCCCAUGUAAAAUACCCAACAAGUUGUAUUUCUAAGAGAAGGGAGCGACAAGCUCGUCUUCGUGAAGUCCUGCUUCCGGUAGUUCCUCCUAAGCUAUCUCAGUCACUGAGAGGUCCUGCUUUUGUUGAUUAUUUGUCUUCGAUGAGUCAGAUUUCACAGUUGGAAAAUAUGCAACUCUCUGAAUGUAAAGCCUCAAGCAAGCAAAGAAGGUGUCGUCAGCCGAGGCAUUACUUGAGUUCUGGUGCACUUUCACUGUCUGCUGAAGAUAUUGGAUUAUUAGCACAGUGCAGCACUUUCAGCGACAGACGGGAGAGCGAGACGAUUAUAGAGCAAGCGAUUUCCUAGGAGUAUAUAAGUUAAUAAACUGGUUGAUGUAAGCGGCAACAUUUUUUUGCCAGCUUGAUUAGAGGCGAUAGGAUAAUGAGCUGCCUGAGAUGGCUCAUUCUUAUAUUCACAAUUCAUGACCCGUAGCCAAGUGGUGAAGUCUGGUCCAUAGUGGGCGGAGCUGACGAUUCCAGUGUAUUCAGUUGUAUAAUGUAAAUGCAUGUUGUUGUCCUAAUUAUACCAUGUGACCUUCCCAGCUGAUGUACACAUACAUCUCCAUCCAAAGAGAAAGCGCACCCGGGUGAACUUGAAACUUGAGAGCAAAUUAUCUCCAAUUGUCGUAUAAAAUUAUCUUUGUUUACGUCUUA